CGUUCAGAAAUCCGAAGAGCCGCUGGCACUGGUAAAAACGCACCGUCUUUUUAUAUAUCCACCACCUUACAUUUGCAAUUUGACAAAUGAACAAAACGCACUGUUUUGAGAAUUGGGGAUUUUAGUAUUAUUAGGGUUUGGUUUUCUUCAUGAUCUUCUUCUAUGGAAGAAAGAACCGAAUCUUUAGCUUCAGGCUCUUCAGCACAAUCACCAUAUCCACCUAUAUCAUCUGAGGAAGAGGAAGAAAUGAACGGCGGAGAUUCAACAAUGGAGGAGGAACAUGUGAUGAGCGAGGUCCACCUAGGAUGCCCACCUGGCAUCUCUGGGUCCCACAUUUCCCACUUCACCAUUUCUCUUCCAACUCCACCUGUUGAACCUAGCAGAUACCAAUGUGAAGCGGCUUCACCAAAUCAAACAUUUAGCGUGGACCCAGAUGGUGAUCUUGUUUUAACUAGGCGUGACAAACCAGCUUCCUGUAUUUACCGUGUGACCAUCCAGCAUAAUAUCACAUCAUCAAUUCCAAAUGUCGGUUUGCAGGUGUGGAGAGCAGAACUAGUGUUAUCUGAUUUUGUUCUGCAUAAGAUGUUUACUUCAGCUGAGUUUGAUGGAAUUGUAGCAUUAGAACUUGGUGCUGGAACAGGGUUGGUGGGUAUAUUACUUGCACGUGUUGCAAAAACGGUGUUUGUAACUGACCAUGGUGAUGAAAUCCUUAACAACUGUGCUGAGAAUGUUGACCUUAAUUCUGGACUGUUCAACUGUCAAGCAGCAGUUUAUGUGCGCGAACUCGAAUGGAUGAGUCCGUGGCCCCCUAGAGUAGUAGGACCAGGAGAGUCUCCUCUGCAUAAAAGGUACUCAUGGACCUUUUCUGAAGUUGAAGAAGUCCAAGGAGCUUCUUUGCUUGUGGCUGCUGACGUAAUUUACAGCGAUGACUUGACUGAUGCAUUUUUCAAUGUUUUGGAGAAAUUUAUGGCCCUAGGUUCAGAGAAGGUGUUAUACUUGGCAUUGGAAAAGCGCUACAACUUCAGUGUCAAUGAUCUCGAUGUUGUUGCAAAUGGUUAUUCACACUUUCGUAGUUAUUUGAGGGAUGACAGCGAAUGUGAGGACAUCAAAAAUGGAUCUGUCCCUUGUUUUGUUGGAAAGCGCAUCGAUAUCACACAAAUUCCACAAUAUGUGAGGGAUUACGAUAGAGGAAAUGAUGUUGAGAUUUGGCGGAUUAAAUAUGAGAAAAAAAAUCCCAAUGUAGGAGACUCCUGUGACAAUGUGACUAAAGUAAUGUAGACACUUCCAAGGCGAUUAAAUUUGUCAUAAAAGUCUAAUAAUCCUGUCUUCGUUCA